AUGGAGUCGCUUCUUAAAAACCUCAAAGAACAUGUAACAUGUUCGAUUUGUUUGGAUACUUACACCAAACCCAAGACCAUUGCUUGUCUUCAUACAUUCUGCUGUGAAUGCCUGGAGAGACAUGCACUAACGAGACAAAACCAAGGGCUUUAUCCAUGCCCCGAGUGUCAGGCACAAAUUCGUAUCCCUGAAGGAGAUUGUUUUGAUAAUCUGCCGAGCAGUUUUCUGCACAACAGUUUAUUGAGUCUUCUUGCCGUUCGACGCAGUGGCGAAGGAAAUGAGAUCAGCUGUAGUACAUGCCAGAAGAAUAGCGCUGAGAUCAACUACUGCUUUGAUUGCGAGAGGUUUAUCUGCCCCGACUGUGUGAAAGCACACGACGUAUUUCGAGAUACAAUGUUUGAAGGGCACAAAGUCACACCGGUGCGACAGUUUGAAGCGGCAGACUACGAGGCCUUGUUGAAACCGCAAUCAUUUUGCUCAGAGAAGUACCACAAAAAAGAUGUAAUUCGUUUUUUUUGCGUUGGCUGUCAAAGAUGUGUUUGUCCAGUUUGCGUCGCCACUAAUCACAAUGGCCACGAUGUUGUUCUGCUUGAAAAUGCAGCGGAUGAUGAGAAAGCAAAGAUCCUCGCUCGAACAGAGCAGGUGAGAGAGAAGAAAAUGGUUUGCCGAGAUGUUAUCCGUGAAUUUGAGAACACAGAGGUUGAGUUGGAAGCGAACAUUACCACUGCUAAAGGCAAAGUUUCUCAAGCGGUCGAACAAAUGAUUAGAAAGCUUAAUCAACUGGAGGUUGAAGCCAUUACUGCCCUCGAGGAGGCUCGCGUGUCGAGGAUUGAGAAAUUGCUUUCUGGAAAAGCAUCGGUUGUCUCUUUGGAAAAGCAACUUGAGCAAGCAGUCGAGUUCAGUAACAAUCUGGUUGAGAGAAGCUCAAGCUCAGACAUAAUGCAAAACAAGAAGAGUGUGGAAGAACGAAUCGAAGACCUUAUUAAGACUACAGUGCCAGUACUUCCGGUUAACUCGUUCGUGGAGUUUGUGUCUACGUGUGAACCAGAGAGUUUGAGUCUGGGAUCUACGAACUUCAGCGAAACAAAAGUGUGGGAAUCGACCGUGGAAGGACUGGAUCAGAAUUUCCAAGCUGGUGUGGAAGCAGAGCUGUUGAUUUGUCCCAAAUCAAGCGAAGGAGAAAUCAGAAACACUCAGCGCACAGAUCGUGUUGAAGUACACAUAGACCCCGCUGAUCAGGUGAGAAGUUUGGUGACAAUUGAGAAAGAAGACGGACAUUUCCUGGUAAAAAUCAUGGCGAAAGUACCAGGUGUUUGUAAAAUGGAAGUAAAAAUCAAUGGACUUAAACUUGCCAAGAGUCCGUUUUCUCUACCGGUUAAAGCACGAGAGUUAAAUGUUAUAGGCAAGUUGGACUUUCAGGGGGAACUUUCCCAGGGUCCAACUGGCAUUGCAGUGAACAGUAAAGGUGUUAUAGCUGUGGCUGAUAAUAAAGGUCACUGUAUCCUGGUAUUCGAUGAGACAGAAAAAUUUGUGCGAAAACUUGGUUCCUAUGGAGACAAGGAUGGGCAGUUUAACAGACCAGCCGACGUCACAUUCCUAAACGAUGACGAGAUUCUGGUGGCAGAUGAAUUCAAUCACCGAGUACAGCGGUUGAAUGUACAGACAGGGAACUUUGUGAAAAGCUUUGGACAGAGAGGAAUUGGAUACGGAGAGUUACACAAUCCCACUAGUGUGUCUAUUACAAGUGAUGGACGUUUUAUCGUUGUAGCGGAUUUUAAUAACAGCAGAAUUCAGAUGUUUACAAUGGAUGGUAAACCUGAGUUGAAGUUUGGAGACUAAGGUUCAAACAGGCUAGAUCAUCCAAACGACUGCGCUUCGUACAUGGACAAGUUCAUUGUAACUGACAAGAAUAAUGAUUGU